CUUCUCGUCGUCGCCCGCACGAGCCGCCGCCGCGCAGAGCCGCCGCACUCAGGCCCGAGCACACUACACACUCACAACAGCGCGCCCCGUUACGCGACAACCCUCCGCCGCCACUCGGCCCUGUCGAUCGCUCAGACGACAACGUCUCCCCAAUCUUCCUCUACCUGCGUCUCCCACCCUCGUGCCCUGCUCUUACAGACCAUUCCUCUGCCAAAAACUUAAAUACGAGCGCGAUGGCCGAAAGCACCAAGGCAGGCAACAAGAGCAGUGCCAACUUCAUGCGCCAGUUCAGGGACAAGAAGACUAGGGAGCUCAAGAACCUGACGGCCAGCCAGUUCAUGGACGUCUGGAGCCACUACGACAAGGACGGAAACGGCUUCAUCGAAGGACGAGAGCUGGACAACUUUCUCCGCGAAUUUGUUUCCAGCGUCAGUUUGUCCGAUGUAGGACCAGAGGUUGUGUCAGAGUCCAUGCUGGAAGAGCUCAAGGAGUGCUUCAUGGAAGCGUACGACGACAAUAAGGACGGAAAGAUUGAAAUCCGCGAGUUAGCCCAGCUGCUGCCGCUGGAAGAGAGCUUCCUCUUGCUCUUCCGUUUUGACAACCCGCUCGAGUCCAGCGUGGAAUUCAUGAAGAUAUGGCGUGAAUACGAUACCGACGGCAGUGGAUACAUCGAAGCAGACGAGUUGAAAAACUUCCUGAAGGAUUUGCUCCGAGAGGCCAAAAAAGACAGCAUCGAAGAAGACAAGCUGAUCGAGUACACAGACACCCUGCUACAAAUAUUUGACAGCAAUAAAGACGGCAAGCUACAGCUCAGUGAGAUGGCCAAGCUUCUUCCAGUAAAAGAAAACUUUCUCUGUCGUUCGGCCUUUAAGCUAACUGAUGCGACAGCGGGCGCAAGUAAGUUAACAAGGGAGGACAUAGAGCGAGUUUUCGCCCUCUACGAUCGGGACAAGAACGGCACGAUUGAAAAUGAAGAACUCAAGGGAUUUCUUAAGGACCUCCUGGAACUCGUCAAAAAAGACUACGACGCGCAAGACCUGGAGGAGUUCCAGGAGGCCAUACUGCGCGGCUGCGACUUCAACAAGGACGGCAAGAUCAGCAAGAAAGAGCUGACCAUGGUGCUUCUGGCACUGGCCAAGCACUCGGCCGACGAGGACGGCAAAUAGGCGGCGCCGCUUCCGCCGCGGCAAAGUCGCCCCCGUUUCCACUUUGCAUCUAUAAUACUUUACAACCAACUCUACCAUAGUUCUCUCUCUCGACCGCUAUUUUCCUUCUCAUCUUCACUACUCGACCCGAACCUUUCCAUCUAUUUGCCUCAAGCGGUGCGCACCGGCAGACAAGCUCGCGAACGACCCUGCUCGAGAGGGGCGCGCAGGCAGCGGACGCCGCCUCGCGCUCCUUGGAUUAGAGAGUGAGGAACGCGGCCUGAACACUCGGCGCUCAAGGUGUGAGCGCGCCGACAGGUCGGAACCGGGCUGAUCACGCGUAGCACGCACGAAGAGCGAACCUCGCGGCAUCGAUGCUUCGCGGUUGAGAGAAAGAGGGAGGCUACCCCCUCCGAAGACACAGGACGCCCCCGCCGCCGUUCUGGCAAAGCCAAGCUCCACUUCCUCGCGCUCCUAUUAAGGCGCUAGCGUUAGACGGGCCCCCCGAAAGAAAGAAAAAUAAACCCUGCGUAAUGCUAACUACUACUACUACUACUACUACUGCCCGAGUUGAAAGCGUAAGCACGUCCCUUGCCACACAACACCUCGAAUAACGCCCGAGUAACCUGGUCCUCCAGUCAGUUCAUGUCGCUACUUAUAAUCAGUAGGUAUAGUCUAAUCUCUGAAACAUGCACCCACCCAUUAUCAUGAAUUCGAGCGCAUGGCUUUUUGUUCUCAGUGCUGGGUGUUUCGCAGCUAAUUGCCCGAGAGAAACGCAAUACGUCAACCGGCCCUUCGGAGAAUAGGCGUUCGUAAGCGAAUAUGUGUCAACGCUAUGUGUAACCAAUUAGGGGGGGGGGGGGGAGAAGACUUCUUGAACAUCGUGACCAGAGCAGCAGGCUCGCCGAAAACAAGUACUUCGAGCAAGAACCUUUUUUUUCGUUCUUUCUUUUUAAGUACACUGUAUCGAGUGCUAAAACAAAAAAUUCUGUGACUUCGCAAAUAAAGGCGUGUUUGGUUGCUUCAGGCUGCAAGAAUGCUAGACCCGAGCACACACGCACCUUGCCACUUUCAUCCGUCACACGCGUCUUCCGUGCGUCUUGAUCUGAUCAGUCGAGCCAGGCUAGCCCCGAAGGUGAUAUCGCUGACGGCUGCUACUUACAAAAUUUAUUCUUCUGAUCGUCUCCUUGUCUACUGACUCUUUGCUCUACAGGUUUAUUAUCGACCAGGGGGUAUACAUUACAGUAUUACAUUUUAACAACCUUCAGAAGAUAUGUACGAUCAAUACUGUGGCACCUGAAGUAAUAAAGCUUUACUCGUCCGGCAUCAUGCAGCCGCUAAGAACAUCCAGCAAGAAUGCAAGUGAGCGAUUUGUGAGUCACAUUAGCGGAGAGCAUGCAACUUUUUUUUUUUACACCACUCAGAGCUGUUAAAAACUUAGAGAAUGUGCGAGUUUCAUUUAAGGCUAUGGAGUCAGCUUGAAUGUAAAGUUAUAUAGCGCACGGGCAUGCGUCGCAUACAAUAAUUCAACGCUGAAGAAGCCCCGUGUUUAAAUAACGGAAGCAUUGAGCUUAUUGCUAAAAAGGACGCAAGCUAAGUUGGACCACGGUAUAUAUGCGUUGAUUUUUUUUUUUCCGCACAAGUAAACGAGAACUUCCCUCCUUUAGAUAAUGCAGGCUAUAAAUAUUGCUGCACUCAAGAUACGACGUCACAUUAUACGACAACUUCAAUUCGUUCUUUCGGCCGAUAUACCGUUCGUUCGAAUUUGCGCUCAGGAAGGUUCCAUGCCCGCAGCACUUGAAUGGUGCCAGCAACUCGCGAUAUAAUUAUCAAACCAUUCGGUAGACGUAAUGCACGUGCGUGGCACUCUCUCAUAUCAUUUUGCUCCCUGCAUUGGAAGUUGCGCGCACGAGUUCUUUUUUUUUUAUUUCCCCUCCGUGAAUUUUUUGUGCGUAAGCUUAAUUUAAUGAUGAUGCAGUUUUGUUGUCAAGCGCUGCGUCAUGCGCAUACCGUUAAAGAUGGUUUUCCUUGCGAACUUCAAUGUCAUCUGUGCUUACCACGAAAUGUUUCCUUUUGUCUGACGUGUGUCGCUGUUCAGUAUACCUUUCGGUGUAUACAAAGUUACCGCUUUAGCUACAAGAAAAAUGUAGCUGCCACGCUGUUUAAAUAUCAAACGUUGUUGACCUUGAGAUGUGUUUAACCAGAUGUAUACGCUCCUUUUCGAAAGACACCAAACUGACCAUAAUAAAGAUGAACUUAUGCCCGUU